AUGCACACUCUACCAGCUGAACCGCUCAUCCCAACAACACUCCCUGAUCUACCAUGGCAACGUCUAGCUGCUGACCUGUUCCACUUUGGUUCGGGUGACUUUCUCCUACUAGUAGACUACUACUCUCGCUACAUCGAAGUCGUCCAGCUGACGUCAACAUCAUCCAAGGCUGUAAUUACGCACCUGCAAAGUAUCUUUGCCCGUCACGGUAUUCCCGAGACAUUGAUGUCGGACAACUGUCCACAGUUUGCGUCGGAGGAGUUCCGUCGAUUUGCCGAGGAGUUCUCAUUCCUGCACGUAACCAGUUCUCCGCUAUAUCCGCAGGCAAAUGGUCUCGCCGAAAGAUCCGUUAAAACCGUCAAGCAUCUAUUCACUGCCUCUCCAGAUUGCUCGCAACUGCAACCUCAGUUGAUUUCGACAUCUGACUUUGCCGCCGCCGAUGCAGCUCUCAAAGCCCGGGAAACAAGCAACUACAACGAUCGGCACCGUACUCGUUCUCUGCCGCCUCUACAAGCUGAGCAACCAGUCUAUCUAACGGAUCGCCAUGAGACUGGUACAGUACUCCGUCAACCCGCCAUUCGCUCAUAUGUUGUGUCUACACCCUCGGGUGAAUAUCGUCGCAACCGUCGACACAUUGUUGCUUUGCCGUCCGCACCUCCGGUUGCGCAGGUUCCGAAAGCAGCUUCAGCACCAGAUACAACACCACCGCGUCCACAACAACCUACGACAACAAGUACCACAUCGUCUACAAACUCUUCUACACACUCAGCCGUUCCUACAUCCAGUACAACAUCAGCAGGCACAACCAUUACUCGUAGUGGUCGUACAGUGAUGCCUCCUGAUCGUUAUGGUUUCUCUGACUGA